AAUUGCGAUAGUGAACAAACCUUUACAAAAUGGCGUUGUCAACAACGAACGUCAGAUACCUUAUUUUAGUUGAUUUGUAAAUCUUUGUUAUUUAUGUUGUAACGGUGUGUUUUAUCUUCGUUUGAUUUUUGGAAUAUCGUAAAAUGAAUGGUUUGAGUUGGAGUGAGUUGUGCUGCUUGUUUUGCUGCCCACCGUGUCCAAGUAGAAUAGCGGCGAAACUGGCAUUUUUACCACCUGAACCGACGUACGAUUUUCACGCAGAUGGAGCCGGCAAGUACGCCUUAACACUUACCGAACGAGCGGAGUGGCAAUAUUCCGAGCGUGAAAAAGAAAAUGUAGAAGGUUUUUUUACUAGGACUAAUCGAGGCAAUCGAAUUGCCUGUUUGUUUGUGCGAUGUAGUAACACUGCCAGAUUUACCAUAUUAUUUUCACACGGCAAUGCUGUCGACUUAGGACAAAUGAGUAGUUUCUAUUUGGGACUAGGAUCUCGUAUAAAUUGUAAUAUAUUUAGUUACGAUUAUUCAGGGUACGGUGUAAGUGCUGGUAAACCCUCAGAAAAAAAUUUGUACGCGGACAUCGACGCAGCAUGGCUCGCUUUACGGACUCGUUACGGUAUUAGCCCGGAGAAUAUUAUUUUGUAUGGACAGAGUAUCGGAACUGUUCCCACGGUUGAUCUCGCAGCACGCUACGAAGUUGGUGCUGUCAUUUUACACUCACCUCUUAUGUCAGGUAUGCGAGUGGCCUUUCCUAAUACCAAGAGAACUUGGUUUUUUGAUGCCUUCCCCAGUAUUGAUAAAGUACCCAAGGUUACGUCGCCCACGUUAGUUAUUCAUGGUACUGAAGAUGAGGUUAUAGACUUUUCACAUGGACUCACAAUAUUCGAAAAAUGCCCUCGUGCGGUUGAGCCUUUAUGGGUUGAGGGUGCCGGCCAUAAUGACGUUGAAUUAUAUAACGUGUAUUUGGAAAGGCUUAAACAGUUUGUAAACGUGGAAUUAGUUAACUGACAACUAAUUGGGACAGAUGACUGUACAGCGAGUUCCGGUACAUCAAGUUCAGCUGGAGAAAAAUUGCUCUAGCCCGGGGCAGCGGGUUCGGCGUCCUGCCGGCCCGCUUCCCCACCUCACUGCCCUUCACCACAUCUUACUUUACGAGCUCUAUCGGGUAUGCUGGCUCGUGCUGAGCGUCAAUGCUCUAGUGCUCAAAAUUCACCACGGUCCCAACCAGCACUACCGCCACCAAAGGCUCAGUCUCUUCCCACAUGCAACGGUGUUACGUCGGUUUGUCCCAGCGCUUGCUGUUGCCCUGUGCUUGAGACUACUUGCUAGCAUAUGUGUAAAUAGUGACAUAGACCUCAUAAAAAAAAUUAUCGACAAUCUUUCAAGUGAUGCAAUAUAUUGUGUAAUACCAGUUUAUGUAACUUAAUCUGUAUUUCUAAGUGUGAGAUUAUUGGAGAUGCGUUGGGGUGAUACUUUGUAUUUCUUGUACAAUAACUAUCUUUUGCCUUGUAUCGUGGAAUUCAUUAUUGGACUAAAUACUGAGUUACUAAACUUCGUAUAUCGAUCUAGGAAAUAAUUCUUUUCACGUGAUGAGUGAUGUCUCAAGUUAUUUAUGGUCAACUACUGCAAAAUGUAACAUAAACUGAUUUAGUUUAUUAUUAUUAUUACUUAAUCUACUAAAUUGGAACCGACCAACUGUAGUUGCUUACUACUUGGUAUGGUCACCCUUUUAUACAAAUUUAAGUCGUACAAUUUUUGUGAUCAUUUAGAAUUUCAAUACAUAUCAGUUAAAACUGUAGUAAUUUGUUAUAAGUAUAAUUUCUCUUACAUUAA